AUGCAAAAGACGCUAACAUUUCACAUUUUAUCAGAUGGCAAUAAUGGUCGCUAUGGAGCAGAGCUAUGUGAGACGUUCGAUCAGUUGGACAUUGACCGAGAUGGAAGACUGAGUCGAAGUGAAAUAGCAGCCCUGUUGAGGCUUAUCAAAGUAGAACCAACAAGGAUGGAGCUAGAUUUCAUCUUCCAAGAAAUGGAUUCGAAACGAACUGGUGCAAUAAACAAGGAAGAAUUCAUUCGCUAUAUGAGUACGCCACCGGCACACCGAACUACUGUAGCUGAGUUAGAACGACAGUUUCGACAAUACGACAGCGAUGGCGAUGGUGCUAUAACAUUAGGUGAGAUGUGUUGA